UUGGGCCCUAUUCUUUGUUGUUAUUUUCCAGUGGCAAAUAGGUCAGCGACUAACACGUACACGAACUGCACAUUUAUGUGGACAUACUAUGUAUAAAGUGAAGAACUCGGUCUUGUUGCUAACCUAACGUCAUAUAUAACGUCCUUAAUUUGUCAUAUGUAAGGAUGCCAAUUUACUUCGUAGUUUAUUGCAAUUUGUUUAUCCGACAAUUAUUGGUGUUCCAGUUUGUUUCACGUUAACAAAUUUUUGGGGUAAUAUUCCUUCACAGAAAAUGGGUGAUAUUGACCCAAUAGGUCACGACUCUUGUGUUGAAUCACUUACAUCCUGGUUUGAUUAUCUCUCAUUGGAAUCUUUUCUUGGAUAUGGGUCGUUCGGUUACGUUUUCCAGGGGGUCAGUGGACAGGUCAACCUUUCCGCCGUUAAGAUCAUAUUCACCGACGCACUAGGAAACCUGGUAGGAGACGAAACCGAUAAACUUCGUCUCUCCCGGGAAUACAAACUAAUGAGAGGAAAGAAACACGACAAUUUGGUUGAAAUAUUAAAAGCAACAGACACACCUUUCACGGAAGAAGAUGUUAAUAUCCUGCGAAAUAUUAGAUGUCUCCAAAAUAAUGAAGACGUUUUGGAUCAACUUUACUCCUUGUCGCGUCGAGCACACCGGAAAACACAAAUUCCCACCCUCUGCAUCCAAAUGGAGUUAUGCGGUAAGACGUUGCGUCACUGGUUGACCAGAAAUAAUGAGGUUGACAACCCAGAAUUACACCCAAUUCGAAAGCGCAUAGUUCUCGACAUGUAUGAAGGGCUAAAAUACCUGCACAACAAUAAAAUCAUGCAUCGGGACUUUCGCCCAGAAAAUAUUAUGUUCUCCUUCUCACCAACCGGGGAGGAGUUCGCAUUUCCCGUGAAAGUGGGAGAUUUCGGACUUUGCCGAAAAGUCCACGAUGAACACACUGUCACCAAAACCCUAACUUGUUUUGUGGGCAGUGUCACGUAUCGUGCUCCAGAAACUAGUUUGUCUGAUUACAGCAUUCCCGCAGAUUUAUACUCGUUUGGUUUAGUAUCUUGGGAAGUUCUCCAGCUAAUUAAGCAGAAGGAUACGAGAUCAAUGUUCCACAUGCUGGUGCAAGAUUCAAAGAAAAGUCUUGUUAAAAGGGCAGACUGGUGGUUUCGAAAGUGGAAAGACAUGAUUAUUAAACUCACUAAGCGACUCGUUAAGGACAGAAUUAGGGGACAUGAUGAAAUAUGGUUAAUCGACGGUCAUAAACAGGAGUUUACUGUAGAAUCACAUGAACAAUGCUCUUCUGUCAAAGAUUUCUUGGAGCCAGGUGACGUUGUAAACAUUAAUAUAAAAGAGAAUAAAAAAGAGGGAAUACAGACUUGUUGCAGCAUUGCAGUGGAUAAUAUUACUUUUAAUUAUAAUUAAUAUAUAUAUAUAUAUAUAUGUACGUUAUAUAUUUAUAAUUAUAUUUAAUUAUUAAGGGGUGGAACCCCUUUAUAAGAAUGUUAUGUCCGUCUGUCUGUCCGUCUGUCUGUCUGUGCGUCUGUGUGUCUGUCCGUCCGUCUGUCCGCAUGAUAACUUUUGAACGAAUGCGAAUUUCUCGGAACGGUUUUUUGCAAACUACACCUAAGGUCAAUAGCUCGGAUGAGUUCGAAGAUGGGCAUUGUAGAUACCCGGGAACCCUGUCAAAACACCCGGGUAACAUGCAAAACAACCGAAUUUUCGGAUUUUCAAGGUUUUUGACAGUUUUGAAGACGGGGAAUCCGAAUCCAAUCACCAUUUUGACAUCAGACGAUUCCUUCCGUGUCAAAACACCCGGGUAACAUGCAAAAAACCGAAUUUUCGGAUUUUCGUGGAAUCAUUAUUCUGCCGUUUCACCCCUUGGUUACAUUCGUUGUAACGGUUUAUUUUAUUACUUAAUUAAUAUUACUUUAAUAUUACUCGGGGUUAAUAUUUCCACCCAUCAGCAUUUGAGCUUGGAUAUUACUGCAAAUGUCUGUAGAUUUUCUAAUCUUAAUUUGGAAUAUACUAAUAUAUUAAUUUGCACAUAUCGGGUAGAAAUUGUCUUGUGAAUAACGUAAUUAGUGGUUACGUGUAUGUUAGAGGGGAAGGAAGUCAAUUAAGUAACGUUCGGGAUUGCUAUAGUGGGGCAAAAUAUUGCUUUUAAGUCGGUCAAAUGUUGCAAUGUGCCGGGAUCCAAUCUAAAUAUGUUGACAUUUGGCCCACCGAGCAGCGAUGAGCGAGCUUUUGUCGAACGACACGGCCCGUGGUGCGUUUUCUUUACAGGAUCAAGCAAAUCAUGUACAAUUGACAAUGCUACUUUGCACAAAGCACUCAUCGGGGGUACCGGGCACAGGUUGAAGAACAUUAAGUGCUACGACGCUAUGCAGAUUGAUGGGGAUGAUCAUAGCACAGAGAAUUUGGAUGCCAUUAAUCUAGUUGAUAAUUCGACAAAAAGAGUAAAUGAGCAUGAUAUCAGUGUAGAUUUUGAGGCAAAAUAGUGCGUUUCGGUAGAUGUAUGCAGGGAUUUAUGGAGUUAGAUUUACAUAACUUGCGAUAUAUGAAAGUGCAUUGUUAAUUUGCGAUUUAAUUUAGCUAAGCAAAUUUUGGGAUGAGUUACAUAUUCUAUAGAAGUAUGUAGUUAUUCUUUUACGGAUACAAAUAUAUUUCAAAAUACUGCAUGAAAAUUUCGAAACGUUUGUAAAUAUGUACAUACUUACAGAACCCAGAUAUUUACAUGACUAAUAAAGAAAU